AUGUUGGGAUUGGACGCAGCGGGAAAAACGACGAUUUUGUACAAAAUUAAACUGGAUGAAAAUUUACAAACGAUUCCAACAAUUGGAUUUAAUGUUGAAACAGUUGAACCAUGUCGAGGUGUAUCGUUUACGGUAUGGGACGUUGGAGGGCAAGAUAAAAUUCGUCAACUUUGGAAGCAUUAUUAUCAAGGAGCAGAAGGACUGGUCUAUGUUGUCGAUAGUAAUGAUCGAGAACGGAUCGAAGAAUCCAAAUCUGAACUGCAUGAAAUAUUAAGAUCACCCGAUAUGUCACAUGUUCCAAUUGUCGUUAUUGCUAACAAACAAGAUUUAAAAGGUAGGUCUACUAUUUAUGUUCCGUUCUUUAUACCUUCUACGCAUGAUUGGCCUUUAGAUGCGAUGUCCUGCUCGGAAAUUGUACAGAAGUUGGGACUAAACGAACUCAAUGGCAGAAACAGAUGGUACAUACAAAGCGCCUGUGCAGUUAAUGGUGACGGUCUUCUGGAAUCAAUGUUAGAAAUGUCACGUUUGAUUAAAGAAUAUCGAAAAUCCGGCGGAAAUUAUACAGACUAUUAA